AUGGAUUAAAUUAAUUAAUUUAAUUUAAUUAUUUAAAGAGUCUAAUCUUCGGGAAGUGGAAGUGUGAAAUUUUGACCUUUCGCUUUCUCGAUCUAGGGUUUCAUGUCAUUGACAGAGUCCUUCGUUAUCGCCAAAAAUACGAGCCCUAGCAGCAGAUAAAAUAAGAGUUUUUCCAAACCACAGAUCGAGUUCAUUGGAAAAAAGAUUUUCAUUUUUUCUUUUUGGUUCAUCAUCUUCAUCAUCAUCAUCAUCAACAUCAAUCAGGAUCUUAAAUUUUUUUCCUAUCAUGGGAAAAAGAAGAACCCAAAUCUUGUUUUGUUCUGUUGUUUCUUGACGGAUCGAUGUUUUAAAUUUGGAAAAAAGAAAAAGAAAAAAAGAAAACUGGAUCAAAUCUAAAGCAUUCUGGACGAUUCAUGAUCUUUUUUUAAAAUUUCUUAUUGUCUGGAUAGGAAAUCAUUGAAACCCCAUGGGAUUAUAUAGAAACUUGAUGAAAUUUCUGGAGGCAUAAAGCGAAACAGUGAAAUAUUGAGAGGAAGGAGAUUGGUGGGGAAGAAUGUAUAAAUCGGUGGUUUACCAUGGGGAUGAGCUACUGGGAGAUGUAGAGAUUUACCCAGAAGAAAAGAAUGGCUACAAGAACAUCGAUGUGAAGGAAAUCAGAAUAAGUCACUUCUCGCAACCCAGUGAGAGGUGCCCACCACUUGCAGUGCUUCAUACCAUUGCAGCCUCUGGAAUUUGCUUCAAAAUGGAGUCAAAGACCUCGCAGUCACAGGACACGCCGCUCAAUCUUUUGCAUUCCUCGUGUAUCAUGGAGAAUAAGACUGCUAUAAUGAUGUUUGGAGUGGAGGAGCUACAUUUGGUAGCCAUGUUUUCUAGAGAUCUUGACAGGCAGUAUCCAUGUUUCUGGGGCUUCAAUGUUGCAAUGGGACUCUACAAUUCUUGUCUUGACAUGUUGAAUCUUAGAUGUCUUGGCAUUGUAUUUGAUCUUGAUGAGACACUUGUGGUUGCAAAUACAAUGCGUUCGUUUGAGGAUAGAAUUGAAGCCCUGCAGCGGAAAAUAAGCAGUGAGGUAGACCCACAGCGCGCUAAUGGCAUGCUGGCAGAGGUUAAGCGAUAUCAAGACGACAAGAUAAUUCUGAAGCAAUAUGCUGAAAAUGACCAGGUUAUAGAAAAUGGAAAAGUGAUUAAAAGUCAAUCGGAAGUAGUGCCAGCAUUGUCUGACAAUCAUCAACCUGUUGUUCGACCCCUGAUACGGUUGCAUGAAAAAAAUAUCAUUCUAACUCGUAUCAACCCCCAGAUUCGUGAUACAAGUGUUCUUGUGAGGUUGAGACCUGCAUGGGAAGAUCUUCGGAGCUACUUGACUGCAAGAGGCCGCAAGCGUUUUGAGGUCUAUGUGUGUACAAUGGCUGAAAGGGAUUAUGCUCUGGAGAUGUGGAGGCUCCUUGAUCCGGAUUCAAAUUUGAUAAAUCCUAAGGAAUUGUUGGAUCGCAUUGUUUGUGUCAAGUCUGGUUCUAGGAAGUCAUUAUUCAAUGUCUUCCAAGAUGGGUUUUGCCACCCGAAGAUGGCUCUGGUGAUUGAUGAUCGUUUGAAAGUAUGGGAUGAAAAGGAUCAACCUCGAGUGCAUGUUGUUCCUGCAUUUUCUCCUUACUACGCCCCUAAUGCUGAAGGAAAUAAUGCCAUCCCUGUUCUAUGUGUAGCAAGGAAUGUUGCCUGCAAUGUUAGAGGUGGUUUUUUCAAGGAAUUUGAUGAUAUCCUACUGCAAAAAAUUUCUGAUAUCUCAUAUGAAGAUGGUGUCAACGAUAUUCCCUCUCCUCCUGAUGUGAGCAACUAUCUCGUCUCAGAGGAUGAAUACUCUAUUGCUAAUGGAAACAAAGAUAUACCAACUUUUGAUGGUAUGCCAGACAUGGAAGUUGAUAGAAGAAUGAAGGAUGCAUUUUUGGCUUCUUCAACUAUUAACAGUGCAGAUCCACGAGUUUCUUCUCUUCAAUAUACAAUGGCUUCUGCUUCUGGUGCUGUUCCACUUCCGCCAAAGCAGGUAUCGAUGCCGCCAUAUUUUCCGAACAUGCCAAUUCCCCAUGUUAACUCAGUGGCUCAUGUGGCCCCAAAUGAACCAAGUUUACAAAGUUCUCCCGCUAGAGAGGAGGGUGAGGUACCAGAAUCAGAAUUAGAUCCUGAUACAAGGCGUAGACUCCUUAUAUUGCAACAUGGGCAAGAUACGAGGGAGCGUCUAUCAAGUGAACCCGCAUUUCCAGGAAGGCCUCCUCCAUUACAGCAGGUUGCUGCUCCACGUGCUCAAUCACGUGGAAGUUGGUCUCCAAUGGAAGAAGAAAUGAGCCCGAGGCAACUGAGUCGUACUGCACGCAAAGAGUUUCCUGUAGAUGCAGAACCAAUGCCGAUGCGGGAGAAGCAUAGGUCUAAUCAUCCUUCAUUUUUCCCCAAGGUUGACAAUCCAAUUUUACCUGAUAGAAUUCCUCAUGAGAAUCAGAGAUUGCCAAAAGGGGCUUUUUAUAGAGAUGAUCGUAUGAGAGUAAGUCGAAGGCCAUCUAGCUAUCCAGCAUUCCCAGGUGAGGAAAUUCCAAUGAAUCAAUCAUCUUCAAGAAGUCGGGAUGAUGACAUUGAAUCUGGACGCUCCAUCUGGAGUGAAACUCCUGUUGGAGCUCUACAGGAAAUUGCAAUGAAGUUUGGCACCAAGGUGGAAUUUAAGCCAGGGUUAGUUCCCAGCACAGAUCUACAGUUUUCUGUUGAGGCUUGGUUUGUAGGAGAGAAAAUUGGUGAAGGUAUUGGCAAUACAAGAAGGGAUGCUCAGCGACAUGCUGCUGAAGGUUCCAUAAAGAAUUUGGCUAACAUUUACGUAUCACGUUGUAAGGCUGAUACUUCAUCUGCAAAUGAUAUGAACAAGUUUCCUAGCGACAAUGGAUCGGGAAAACGAAUGAAACUGGACUUCCACAGACAUCUUCCAAAAACUAAAUAAAUAUUCCACGCUUCAUGAAUGACUUCCAUAUUUGUUGACCCUCUUGUAAAAGCAUGUUUCAGGAUACUUGAGGUUAAAGGCCAUCAAGACUCACCAUGUUGUUCUUACAAUACGUGGCCUUCUGCUUUUCUCGAUCAGAACAAGAAGCAAUUUGCAAGAUCAGCUCUUAUGCCUUCUUCAUUCAAUUUCUCCUGAUAUCAGCAACACAAACUCCACGUGAAUGUUCAUACGGAGGAGAUCAAGUUACUGCAUCUCUCUUAACCUUUAUGUUUUUUUUCCUCGAGACCAAGAUAACCAAGAUGAGCCAUGAAUUAUCUGCCUGCUUUAGUUGAAAAUUUUCUCCCAUUAAAGCUGAAGCCAUUUUUGUUCAAGAGGUGGCAGGAGGCUGUAGUUCAUGCUCAAUGCUCUCCUUUGGCAAAGUUCUCUUCAACAUGUUUGAGAUUGGCCGAUCAGACUUUUAUUUUGUUUUAUUUUCCUUAUAUUUUUUGUGUUAAUAUUUUAUUUAAUUUGAUUGAGCUCAGGUCGAAAAUUUGCUGGUAUUCAGGAAUGUUUUCAUGAUCUGCAGACUAUUAUUCACAUUAUAACAAAGCUAACCCUUUAAUUUUAUGUUCCACACCUAAAUAAAUAGUUAGGCUCCCCCACCCCAUGAAUGAUGUUUCAAGCUCGAAAACAAUGUGUUGAUGGUAGGGUUGUAUAUUGAGUUCUUUUUUAAUAUCAUUUCUGACUGCUUUUUUAUUACAAUAUCAAUGAAUGGAAUUCAAAAUCC